UUGUGCUAUAUGCAUUUCUCUUUNCCCUCCGCUGUAAAUGUUUUUUUUCAGCGAUUGGUUGUUUGUGUUGAGGAUGGAAUUUUCAUUCACAAUAUUCGUGAUAUGCAAAUGCUUCACAAAGUGGAAGAGACUCCGCCGAACCGAAACGGUGUGUUGGCUUUGUCAGCCGCGGAGGACAAUUGUUACCUGGCCUAUCCCGGAUCACAUCGAGUCGGAACGGUGUUUAUAUUUGACGCGUUAAACUUUCAGAACGUGACCUCAAUUGCCGCCCAUGACGGUCUAUUGGCUGCACUCGCAUUCAAUUCAAGUGCUACCUUGUUGGCUACCGCGUCCGAAAAAGGUACCGUAAUUCGCGUGUUCUCCAUUCCCCAGGGCGACAAAAUUGUUGAGUUUCGUCGUGGUCUGACCAGGUCAGUUUCAAGUGCUCUAUUUGGUCAUAAGUUCACAUGGCUACUAACCACUGAAGGCCCGAUAGAGAUAGACGCAGUGUCGAAUCGGGCGGAGCUACCUAGGCAGCUUUUCUAUCACUCGGCUUGA